CUAUCACAGAUGAACAGACCUAUCCAGGUGAAGCCAGCAGACAGUGAGAGUCGAGGAGAAGACAGAAAACUCUUCGUGGGCAUGCUCAACAAGCAGCAGUCAGAAGAUGAUGUGCGGCGCCUUUUCGAGUCCUUCGGUAGCAUCGAGGAAUGCACCAUCCUCAGAGGUCCCGACGGAAACAGCAAAGGCUGUGCAUUUGUAAAGUAUUCCUCUCAUGCUGAAGCUCAGGCAGCCAUCAGUGCACUACACGGCAGCCAGACAAUGCCUGGUGCCUCAUCCAGUCUGGUGGUGAAGUUCGCUGACACGGAUAAGGAGCGCACCAUCCGCCGCAUGCAGCAGAUGGCUGGUCAGAUGGGCAUCUUCAACCCCAUGGCCCUGCAGUUUGGAGCCUACGGAGCCUACGCUCAGGCAAGACCCACAAACGAUUUUUUUUUUUCAUCCGCAGCUAUUCAUGCAACAAGCCACGGAAAUGCAUUCCAAAAAGCCCAACUCACACAGAAAUCUGGGGCAGCAACAGCAGAAAAAAAAACCCGGGUGCAGCAGCAGGCGGCGUUGAUGGCGUCUGUGGGCCAGGGAGGCUACCUCAGUCCUAUGGCAGCCUUCGCCGCAGCCCAGAUGCAGCACAUGGCGACCAUCAAUGGUCUCCCAGGAACACCACUGACCCCCACAUCAGGUGGCAGCACUCCCCCAGGCAUCAGCGCCCCCACAGUGACCAGCAUCCCCUCUCCCAUCAGUGUGAAUGGUUUCACUGGCAUGCCCCCUCCCCAGGCGAACGGGCAGCCACCGGCAGAGGCUGUCUUCACCAACGGGAUACACCACUACCCAGUGUUGCAGGAGGUGGUUUUUAGGGAGGACUCAGAGAAAAACGGCUUGGGCGUGGCUCCGCGGAGUUGUUUUGGGGUUCAGGGUGGCUGCUUCCUCUCCUCUCUCUCUGAAGCUCAGAGUCCCACUGCAGCUGAUCCUCUCCAGCAGGCUUACACAGGAGUCCAGCAGUACGCAGCAGCCUACCCCACUGCAUAUGGUCAGAUCAGCCAAGCUUUCCCGCACCCUCCGCCCAUCAUCCCACAGCAGCAGCGAGAAGGACCAGAGGGCUGCAACCUGUUCAUCUACCACCUCCCUCAGGAGUUUGGAGAUGGAGAGCUGAUGCAGAUGUUCCUGCCUUUCGGUAAUGUCAUCUCCUCCAAAGUGUUUGUGGAUCGGGCGACAAACCAAAGUAAAUGCUUUGGGUUUGUGAGCUUCGAUAACCCAGGUAGCGCCCAAGCCGCCAUCCAAUCCAUGAACGGCUUCCAGAUCGGCAUGAAGAGACUCAAGCCAGCCGCCGCCAUCCUGGUGGCCGGGGCACCAAUUGUGCACAGGAAAAGACAGGUUUUGUUGGGCUGAAUCAUAUGUUGACCACUUGCUACCCACCACUGAGUGCAAACUCUGCAUCUGGACCACUGAGGCUGCUUCAGAAAAAGAGGAGAGAGAGAGAGAGCGAUGACAGAAUCAAGGACGCCUCCUUUUGGAUGUACUAAAACUUUAGAACUCAGAGAGAAUUUGUACCAGCCUGGUUAGCCCCAGGACUUCUUUUCUCCUGCACACAUAUACACACCUCUUCCCCCACAAAUACCCUGCUUAAAUGACAGCUACCUUCUCUGGACCACAAUAAACUUUUACUUGAAAACUGAGGGAAGAAAAAAAAAAGAAGUAAAAGAAACUUUAUCAAACCUACUUACAAUGACCAACCCACCUGAACUCUUAAGGGAAGACGGAUGUCAAAAGUUCAACGAGUGCAAAACUUUUUAAAAACUGAGUAGUGGAUUGCUGUAGGAGAUCUUUCUGUGAGAUGGUUUGAGGGUGUGGACGAUUGAAGACCAGUUUAUAAGGCCUGAAACAAAGAGGGACAAUUUCUUGGAGAAAGAACUUAAGUAGGGAAUGUGAUAUUUUCAGGACACAAAUUGGCUUAGACUUGGGAUGGCCAUCUUUAGCUCGGAGUGCCUGUCCGUUUCCAGGGGAUACCGUUGCCGAGGAGAGCCAUAGCAACGGUCUCCAGGGAGUCUUAUCUGUCAUUCCUUAGUUGUUUUAGGGACCAAAAGACCAAACAUUUUUAUUGCUAAGGACUUGUAGCUCUAAUAUACUCGGACCACUGCAUCUCUUUUCAGCCAGAGUUAACUGGUCGGAGAGUUGCACUUAAAAGAAGUGUACAUUUCAAAUAUAUACAAACACAUGUAUAUAUACAUAUAUAUUGCUGAUAUGCUUUUUGAAUACAGGCAAAACUAUUUCAGAUGACCAAAUGGGGUCUCUCACUUCACUAGUUUACAAACUACUCAAAAAAAUGUUUAUUUUUUUCCCUUUUCAUUUUGUCUCGCAAGGGAUGGCGAGUGCAUGGGAGGGGCUGCUCCGUAUCACAGCCUUAUCUUUUUUAACUUGACAUCCUAACCUCAUAAAUAGAAUUAACAUCAGAAACGUUUGAAAUAUAUGAACUUGUUUAUAUUUGCAGUACAUAUAUAUGUAUAACAAGCAUUCAAGCAAUGUAUGUAUUCAUAUAUACAGUAUAUAUGGAUAAUAGAUAUUAAUCACAAAUAUAUGUAUUUAUAUGCACAUAUUUUAUAUAUGUGUGUCUGUAUAUAGAACGGCUACUGACUACAUUGAGCUGUAAUUUUUUGUAGAUUUUAGCUGGAGUUUGAAACAUUGCUCUGCAUACCUGGCAGCUCCCAGAAUUGCAGGCAUUCCUAUCUCUGAUUAACUAGAUGACGACACACAAAAUGUUCCUAAAAGAUACAUGUGUGGGAAAACACAUAUGGUGUAAAUACUGUCUCAAAAAUGCAAAAAGCCACAUCUCAGUAGCAGGCUUUAAGAGAAUCGGGCUACACGAUCUUAGACGAAAAGGACAAUUAUCUUCGACUCUAUUCCAAACAUAUCGUUUGAGCUUAAACACGCAAACACAAGAUUACACUACAAACACCCGCCCACACACAAAAACUUCUCUUUGACACUUGAGCCAAAACCAAUAUGUCUCACAACCCUUUGCCCUCUUUUGCAUUCAGUAAAGUGCAUGUAGCGUAUGGGCUGUCACCAUGUCAAGGUGUGCCUUGUCACCUGCAGAAUCUGCCAUCCAGCACUGUGCUCUCCGAAAACAAAGAAAGAAACUGAGAAGAAGAAGAAAAAAAAAAUGAACACACACUACUGCAAGCAGCCAAUGCGCUAUUAUGAUGUCAAAACUACAGCAAGAUCCAUAUCAUUUCUCAGCCGCAUCUAGAGAGCUUUGGUGCAUGUCAAGUACAGCAAAUCGUCCAAUCACUGUUCCAUUGCUGUCUUUCAAAAAGAAAAAAAAAGGCAUUUAGAACUAAAGUAGAGCGUAGAACUACACUUCAGACAAAAGUGGGCAUUAGGUAACCUGUUAGCACAGGUACUGUCUAUCAAAGCUGUGUGCAGGGGCACCUGGGACUUUGUAUUGCUGGAUGGAGUGAAAAGAAGGGUGUAGUUCAGGGUUACAGCAGCUAGAACACAGCUGAGGACUAAGGACUGGGCUUACUGAACUGAGCAAUAUAAUUAAAGUGGAUAUGACAAUGCAAUGUAAUGUUGAUGAAUAUGUUGCAGGGCUAGCUUCCCACCGAACAGAAAGGGCAAAAAAAAGGUUUUGGACCUUCCUACAAAUCAGUUUAAGUAUGAACCUUCGCUGCUGACACCCGGCAUGAAGCAUCUACUCUAAAAGACGUUAUAUUGCCUUAUUAUACUGUAUGUCCUCAUACAAUUAAAGGUAAACUCAAAGCUAGACUGAAACUGUAAAAUAAAGCAAUAAGUGUGAAAAAUCCAUUUACCCAUUACAGCUGCUGUAUCAACGAGGCAGGCAUAAAAUUGCUUUGACAUACAGUUUCUCAUAACAGUCCAAAGAAUCGUAUGAAUACCUACUGUACACCUGCAAAAGGUCAACAGAUGAAGAUUUAUUGGACUCUGCAUUCACCACACAUUGAGUUGGUGGGGAUUAGUUAAUGAAUAUUCAUAUAUAUAAAUAUUUAUAAGGCUAUAUGACACUUUGGAAGACAAUGCUUCCUGUUGUGUGCAGUUACAAGUUCCCUAUAAAGCGCUCAUUAUGCUAUUUCCCCAGCGUCUGUGUAUAACCUUUUUAACUGUUUGAAUAAUUUAACAUUUACCUUCCGAAUCCAGCGAGGCUUAAAGACCACACUAUACAUCCCAGGAUGCCUCUGUUUGUGUGUCACAUACUACGAAAAUCUCCAAAGCUUGUUAUGCAGUCCAGGCCAGAUGACCGUGGUGAUAAAUUGCGCCUUGAGACACGUGGUGGCUCAGAGCAAAACCUCUGGCAUGUUCGCCAGAACUUUCUCAAUAUAAUAUCUACAACCAGCAAAUUGUCACAUCCCGUAACCAUGAUCGCCACCAUGUGCGUUUUUUUUUCUUCGUUUUUUUUACUGCCCCCUGCUAAUCCAAUGGAGUUUUUCUACAAAAAAAGAGAGAAAAAGGAGUACACAGUUUUUGCUUUUCUUAUGGUUUGUUUGAACUCGAUCAGUAAUGCCUUUUACCUAUGUUUUCAUGUCCAGGAAAAUAAGACGAAGCAGAACAACCAUAGGGGAAAAAAAUAAAGAUGGCCAGGCACCUCACCUUCAUUCGCUCCACCUUAAAGCUGCAAGUUUACACAGGAAACGUAAAAAGAAAAGUGGUUCAAAAACAACAACAGACAGAGCAGAAGUUUGACUAUAAAUAUAUAUAUAUAAAUAUAUAAAUAUUUACAUAAACCGAUGAAUAUACUGUAAAUUGUUUCUUUUUUUGCUCCGUUUUUCCCUGUACAUAGGUUUGCAUAUUUUAUAGGACUUUUACUUCUAUCUACAAGGACUGGAUAAAGUACUUUAAAUACUUAAAAAAUAUAUAUAUGAAUGAAAACAUGAUAAUGCUCAUUAAAACCAGGUACAAAAAAAAAGUCACUAGGAUACGGUACAAACUGUAGGACCUGACAAAGGCAUUUACCCAGAAUACAGUCAGGGAGAGCAUUGACCUCAGUUAGAGCUUAGACACUCAUUAUUUUAUAAAAUAAAAAUACUUUAGUGGGUUCUAUUCAUUUAUUUGUUUAAAUAUUUAUUUAGAAGUCAUGUCAAGAUGAUAUGCAUGCUUUCAUGGCAUUAUUUUUCUAUGAGUUGGUACGUGACCAAAUAGUUUUUAUAUGACAUGCAUGGGCUACUGUUGUGGUCCACAGAUGAUCAUUGUUCCUGUCUGCAGGACCAUGCCUUCAGCACUCCUUUGAUCAUGGAGAAAAAAGAAGAAAAAAAAGAAAAAGAAGCUCCAAUUGACCAAGUGAUGUCAAAGACUGAUUUUAAUCGUUUAUCUAUUUAUUCAUUAAUUUAUUUUGCAUUUAUUUAUGUGUGCUGUUUGAUUCAAGAUCUGAGCUCUCCUAUUUCCACUGAUCUGCUUGCUUGUAAGAGCUAUGCUGUAUCACCAUAUCACAUCUUAACCACUGUUACAGUAAGUAUAACUCAGAAUUUAAAGGGUGAUUUCUCUGUCGCUGGUAAACUACACACAAAAAUGCAGUAAAACACUUGAGCCUUAUGUAUAUUGUAAUUAUAGAUUCAUACUUGUUCUGUCCUUUAAAAAAAACAAAAAAAACAACUUGGCUUAGUUAAAGUUGUCAAAAAAAAGAAAACAAAAAAAAAAAGCCAAUUUGGUCUCUCUUAAAUUCUAGUCAUUUGAUCCAUUCUGAAACCUUUGACCAUGAUGAGGGGGUGAUUCCUGCUGAAACAUUUCAUGUUAAACCAAUUCCGAAGAGAGGAUAUACCUUAGGGUCACGAGAAGUUGCUGCUAGUAUGUAAUUAUAAAAAGACUGAUUUCUUGUUAAUCACUGAUACAAUGGUGGCAUGAAGCAAGUUUUCGCAAAUAAAACCAUUUUCCAAAUGUUAUUUUAAGUGUUUGACAGAGCUCUGAUCUUGUUCAACUGAUGUGUUUUGCCAAGAACAAAAUUCAAUCAAGACUGCACUAUUUCAUAAAAAAACAAAACAAUUUCCUCCAUUUCCUUCAGCGCUGUUGUUGAUAUGUUUUUAUUUCUAAAGCUCAGUAGUGUUGCUAGAAUGCCAUUUUACAUCAUGUGGUUUUCAAAGUAUUCUGGAAAUGUACUGUAUUUCCCAAUUUCAGCACAGAUGGAGAGUGGGGAAAUGAAUGUUGCAUAUUAAGCUUUGCCAGGUUACUGAUGAGCUGAGCUUCUGAUUGGGCAGUGCGCUUUAGGUUCCCGUCCCUUUCUCUCCAGACUGCACCAUUCUUUGGUCCCCUGGACUCCUCUUUUGUAAUUUUAAUGAAUGAUGCGUCUCAGCUUAGCCCAAUAAUAAAGCACAGUCUA